GGAAACUGGAAAAUGUUGAAGAGGCAGAAGAUGAUGCUGUAACUGGAGCCUCAGGAACAUGGAUCAGGACUAUGUGGUGCGAGUUCGAGCUGUAGUGAUGACCCGUGACGACUCCAGUGGGGGAUGGGUGCCACUGGGGGGAGCUGGCCUCAGUCACGUCAUGAUCUGCAGGGCCGCGCGCUCAGACGAGAACAGCCAGAGCGGCUUCCUGAUCCGUGGAGAACGGCUCCGGGACCAAGCGAUGAUCCUGGAAUGUGGCCUCAAGAAGGACCUCAUCUACAACAAGGUGAAUCCCAUCUUCCAUCACUGGAAAGUAGAUGAUGAUAAGUUUGGCCUCACAUUCCAGAGUCCUGCCGAUGCCAUUACCUUUGAAAGGAGCAUUAAGAACGUCAUUGAGGAGCUGGCAGAAGGUUCACUGACCUCCUCUUCUUCAAGUCAGGGUGAGGCUGAUGCGACUGAAGACAUCGCUGCAAUUCACACAGACAGCGAGUCAUCGUCCAAUAGCAGGAAGGAGAUGCUCCCAAAACACAUCACCAUAGUAACCAGCGAAUCAUCAUCCAGUUGCUACAUCAGGUCACCAGCUUCUGACGAAUUCCGCCUCGGACUGACACAAGCAGCUGCACCAGCCAACCAGAACAUUUCGAAGAUUUUGGUUCUCCAGGAUGAUGGUGGACUUGGCCUUUGGUCCAUCCUGCAAUGCCGGCCUCCUGAGAACCUGGAAAAACUCAAAACUGCCACAAUUUCAUUCAAAAGCCGGCAGCCCGCUGGCUUUGUUUAUUUGGUGAGCGGAGCCCGCGUUCCAGAACGGGCGUGGGGGACAGAGCCGCUGUUUGGGUACAAACCGCAAACAGCUCGCUCACCCGCAGCAACAGUACAGCUCGGCCCGGCAGCGGGACAAGAGGGAGCGACCCAGCGCUGGGAUCAGGUGAGGGGGUCCCCGCGGCGGGGGGGUCAGGGAACAGGGAACGCGGAUGGGAGUUUGGGAGACUCGAGAAGUCCCCCAGGGGAGGAUCGAUUCAAACUGGGCGCGGUUACAGGCUGUAACCAGGUCCCCAGGGAUGGUUGA